CAGCCACAUCUGUGGCAGUCCUGGCACAACCCACUGGGAAUCCAGAAUGGGGGUCUUGCCCGGGACCCUGUUGUCCAUACUGCUGGGGUUGCUGCUCACAUUCACCCCAGGGUCUCUGAGUGCCAACCCUGGCCUGAUUGCCAGGAUCACCAACAAGGGCCUGGAGUAUGCGGCCAGGGAAGGGCUGCUGGCUCUACAGUCAUUGCUGCACAGGACCACGCUACCCGACUUCUCCGGGGACUUCAAGAUCGACCAUGUCGGCCGUGGGCAGUAUUCAUUCCACAGCCUGGACAUCCACAGCUGUGACCUGCGUGGCUCCGCUCUGAGGCCCCUCCCGGACCACGGCUUGAGUCUCAGCAUCUCUGACUCCUCCAUCCGUAUCAAGGGCAGGUGGAAGGUGCGCAAGGCAUUCCUGAAACUACAAAACUCCUUUGACCUCAGUGUCAAGGGCAUCACGAUUUCCGUUGAUCUCCAGUUGGGCAGUGAGCCCUCGGGGAGGCCCACGGUUACGACCUCCAGUUGCAGUGGCCACAUCCGUGAUGUGGACGUGGACAUAUCAGGAGGUUUGAGGUGGCUACUGAAUCUCUUCCACAAUCAGAUUGAGUCCAAGUUCCGGGGAGUGUUGGAAAGAAAGAUUUGUGAAAUCAUCCAGAAAUCAGUAACCUCCGACCUACAGCCUUAUCUCCAAACUUUGCCAGUCACAGUAGAGAUUGACAAUUCCAUUGGCAUUGACUACAGUUUAGUGGAUGCACCUCGGGCCACAUCCCAGAUGCUGGAUGUGUCAUUUAAGGGUGAAAUUUUUCAUCUUGAUCACCCUUCCUCAGCUGCCUUCCUUGCUCCAGCCAUGAGCCCUCCCAAGGACCACGACAAAAUGGUCUACUUUGCCAUCUCGGAUUGCGUCUUCAAUACCGCCAGCCUGGUUUAUCACGAGGCAGGGGAGCUGAGCUUCUCCAUCACAAAGGACAUGAUUCCACCUGACUCUCCCAUCCAGCUGACCACCAAGUCCUUCCGAGUCUUUACUUCUCGGUUAGCCAGGCUGUACCCCAACAUGGACAUGGAGGUCCAGGGAGCAGUGACCUCUGCGCCACUCCUGAACUUCAGCCCUGGGAAUCUGUCCUUGGCCCCCCAUAUGGAGAUUGAGGGCUUCGUGCUCCUGCCCAGCUCCACCAGGGAGUCUGUUUUCCGGCUCAGUGUGGUCACUAACGUGUCCAUCGAAUUGACCUUCAACACCAGCAAGAUCAGUGGGGUCCUGAAGCCAGGAAAGGUACAAGUGGAGCUGAAGGAAUCCAAAGUUGGAGGAUUCAAUAUGGAGCUGUUAGAAGCAUUCCUCAACUACUACUUUCUCAAUACCCUCUACCGCGAGGUCAACGAUAAACUGAUCAUAGGCUUGCCCCUCCCUCUGCUGAAGCGUGUCCACCUCUAUGACCUUGCUCUCCAGAUCUAUCAGGACUUCCUGUUUGUGGGUGCCAAUGUCAAGUACAUGCGAGUCUGAGGACGAGAAGAAAGACGGGGCUUGGAGUUAGAUCAACAUGUUGUAUUCCAGAUUUGCAGCGUUUCUCCAGAGUUUCUCUCAAAGGAUGAAGACAUUUCUGUUCUCAGCUCUGAAGGCAAAGUUUGCCUGGCCUCUGCCCCUACCUGCCUCCUCUUCCCCAGGAGCACGCAUGCCCUCUCUGACUCUGAACCUCACUUUCUCUUCCAGGAAGGCCCAGCAUCCCGCACUGGCCUGGAAUGUCUUUAAGAGCAGGCAUUGUAUUUUUUUUGUCAUCUGAUCCUUGUGCCUAGCAGGGUGCUGGCAUUUAGUAGGUCCUCAAUAAAUAUUUAUUGAAUGAUGUAAUGAAGGAAUCAUGGUAUUCUGGCUGAACCUCCUCUGCCCACCCUUUUCUGACCAGAGCAGUCUUUAUAUGGUCAAUUCCGUCUGUGAUCUCCAAGGUUAGAUGUUGGUCACCCUCCACUUUCUCCUCGAGGAGCCUAAAUGAGAGACCGGGGAUUCUGCACACACUCGGCCCUGGACCUGGCACUGAUGUUCGUCUCUGAGGCCCUUGCCCUGUCUCAGGCAGAAGCCGGCUUUGAUAUUGUUCCUUCUCUCACUCUUUGCUGCAAGCAGGGGAACCAGUGAGUCUCCCAGAGAAAAAACAGCCUCCUGCUGCUUUCCCCAUUGAAGCAGGAAAAUAAGAGCGAAUGGCUCCGCCUAGGUUUUGGGUCCAACCCAAGUGAAAUUCUUGUCCAACUGUUGUUUAUGAGCCAAAAGCCUGAAGGGAGAGGCCAUGAUUUCUAAUUACUGAACAAUGAGCCUUUGAUCAGACGUAAUAAAGAGUCAUUUCCAAGUUAUGUAGUUGGGUUCCUGGAGACAGGAGUCAGAGGCUUCUUUGAUACUUUUCUAAUUGUGUUAAUGAGCAGGCAGUCGAAGCUGCUGGCUAGCAAAUAAUUCACAGGGAAUAGACCCAUUUACCCUGUGUGUGACAGAAAUAUUUUCCAAGAUGGGACAAUGUGUUGUCACCCAGCUGGUGGUGGGAAAAGCCACAGCUCUGCCUCCUUCCUCCUCUCUGCUUUUGUUCACUCCUUCACCACCGUCAUCCAUCCCUAUGGUUGGCUGGUGAACAGCUCAGGCUUCAUCCAAUGGCCAUGUGCUCUUGGGCAGGUCACUUUUCCCCUUGGGGUCCUCUUCUAUAAAAUAAUGAUGAUGGGCCCGGUGUGGUGGCUCACACCUGUAAUCCUAGCACCUUGGGAGGUCAAGGCGGGUGGAUCGCCUGAACUCAGGAGUUCGAGAUCAGCCUGAGCAAGAUAGAGACCCCAUCUCUAAAAGAUAACCAGGCAUUGUGGCAGGUGUCUAUAGCCCAGCUGUUUGGGAGGCUGAGGCAAGAGGAUCUCUUCAGCCCCAGAGUUUGAGAUUGCUACGAGCUAUGAGGCCACAGCACUUUACCAAGGGCAACAAAGUGAGACUCUGUCUCAAAAAUAAUAGUAAUAACAUGAAGUAAAUUAAUGAGGAUGAUAAUAGUCAAUUUCUGGAGCUAUUAUAAUGCCUGUCUUAGAUGAUACAUGUAGAAAGAUUCAUUUAGCAUCACUGUGCACUUCAGUAUUUAUUGGCUGGGUGCCUCUUCCUGUUUACCAGGCACUGGGCCCUCAGCCUGGGGAGAAACAGAGGCAACACAGACCCCAGUUCCUGCUUUUUUUUGAAACAGAGUCUCACUAUCUCACCAUGGGUAGAGUGCCGUGGCAUCACAGCUCACAGCAACCUCAAACGCUCAGGCUUAAGUGAUUCUCUUUCCUCGGCCUCCCAAGUAGCUGGGACUACAGGCAUCUCUCACAACGCCUGGCUGUUUUGUUGUUGUUGUUGUUGUUGUCAUUGUUGUUUUAGCUGGUCCAGGCUGGGUUCAAACCUGCCAGUUCUGGUGUAUGUGGCUGGCGCCCUAGCAGCUAAAC